UUGUGGGGGGUGUAUAUAAGCGGCGGACCGCGCUCCUGCCGGGUUUAGACCUGCGGGACAGUCCCUCAGUUCGUCUCGGCGCUGAUCAGCAGGAUGUUGGCACGGACACUGAUUGCCCCUGUGCUGAUUGCUUUAGUGGGUGUGGCUCUUUCUGCACCAGUAAACGACGGCACAGAUAAUGAUGAAAGAGCACAGAGGUGGCUAGAAUUUACGAAUGGUGCCAACACUGUAGUUGAACCAACCCACAGCCCUGGAGACUUAGGAACUAAAGAUGGACGAGACUCAGCCGAGAGAGCAGAAGUUUCAGGCCCAGUCAACCCCUCGACCGAUACCACAGACAAACCAGAGAUUACAAGCGAGAGUGAAGUGUCUUCAGAUACAAAGAGUGAUACCAGCAAGGACGAGACCACCAGCGGGCCGGAUUCAGUAGAUUCUGGUGAAGGCGUGGUGGAGAAGAAGGACCCAGAUACACCAGAUGAAAGCUCAUCAGCAGAGAAGAAGAAGGACGAGACAGAAACAGGAAGUGAGUCUCCAGACACAGACUCUGCUUCUAAAGCAUCUCAGGAAACAGACUCUCCAGAUGGAGCAGAGAAGGACGCUGAUGAUAAGACUGAUACGGAUAAAGAUUCUUCCAGUAAGGAGCAGUCAGACACCGACUCAGCGGACCAGAAGGAUUCCUCAGAGGACACAUCGGAUACACCUGAUGCUGCAGACAAAGAAACUUUUGACUCAAACGAGUCAGACAAGGACAAGACAGAUACCAGCAAUGACACGGAGAAGGACAGUAAGGAGAAGGACAGUAAGGAGAAGGACAGAGACGUGGAGGAUUCAGACACUCCCGACAAAGAAGUAAAGGACACUGAUAAAGACAGCAGCGAGACUGAAGACACUGACGAGAAGGAGAAGAGUGAUAAAUCAGGUGCAGACAAAACAGAUCCUGAUCGCUCUUCAGAAAAAGGAGACAGCAAGGACGAUACUGAUGCUGAAGACAAGGACAGGGACCGUGACACAGCAGAUACUGCAGACGCAACAGAAACCAAGGACAGCACUGAAGACACGAGCAGAGACAGGGACACAGAUAGUGACAAAGACAGCAAAAAAGACAGUGACAAGGACAACGAAAAAGACAGUGACAAAGACAGCAAUAAAGACAGCGACAAAGACAACGAUAAAGACAGCGACAAAGACAACGAUAAAGACAGCGACAAAGACAACGAUAAAGACAGCGACAAAGACAACGAUAAAUACAGUGAUGGGGACAGAGAUGGAGACAAAGAUAAGGACAGUGAUGGAGACAAAGACAAGGACAGCGAUGGAGACAAAGACAGGGACAGUGACACAGACAGUGAUAUAGACAGUGACGGAGACAGCAAAUCGGACAGCGAUGCAGACAGUGGCGUAGACAGCACAGGUCCAAAAGGCGAGGAUGAAGGUUUAGACAAGGACAAGGACAGCUCACACAAGACCAGCGACGACACCAGCAACGACAGCAAUGAGGGAAAAGAGAUCGAGAGGGAAACCACGACUGAAAACGAAGACAAAGACUCUGAGAAAUCUAAAGAGACCGCCGAAGAACCGUCUUCUGUAGACUCCCAGGAAAGCCAAAAGACCGCCUCCUCCAGCUCAGACUCCUCCCACUCCUCAAGCAAAGAAAACAACCAGGACCAGGAGAAGAGCAGCGCCGAGUCCACUGAUAAAGACAGCUCAGACAGUUCGGACCGGGACAGCUCCGAGACCGAGGGAGAGGUUGCAGAUGACAGUGACAGCAGCCCAGAGACGGAGACGUCAGAACGUCUUUCUGCAGAUUCUCCAGACAUCUCACUGGAAACAGGAGAAGACUCUGACAGUGAUUCCACUGAUGAAAACGACAACAGCGAGUCGAUGGAUGCAACAGAGUCGACGUCACAUGAUGAGACCACUGAUGAAGAGACGGACACAGACACUACUGACGAUGCAGGCGACACAGUGAAGGAAGACCCUGCUGGUAAACACUACCCUCCUGCAAUAUUAUACAAAAAGCAGAAGGCGAGGCGUCUGUGAGCAGAUGUAUCAGAACUGAGCCGCUGUGUUUUCCUCAGAGAGCCCUAACCACUCAGGCAAUGAUCAUCAGCAGCAGCUCGAAAAAAGGGGUGACCGAUUUCACACGUAUCGGAGGAGGCGUGUGCUCGUCCACAUCCUCCUACAGUCGCCACUGGUGAUGGGGACUCACAAAGGGGUGGGACAAUUGGAUAACCAAAUUGGGAGAAAAAAUGGAAAAACAUGAAAUAAAUAAUAAUAAAAAAAUUAUAUAUUAAGCAUCUUAAACAUGGUUUACAACUGAACAAUAAAACAGACAUAAAAGCAGAGACCCAACAAAAGCAGAAAAGAAAUGGAGCGAAUAAUACUGCAAUGAUUAAAAAAUUUAAGUUAAAUAACAAUGUAAAGUAAACAAAUUACAACAGUACUUUAAUUAAAGACCAGAUUUGGAGGUUUAAUUUAUUAUUAUGGAUAAAAACUAUUUGAAUAUUACUUGCUCCUGAUAAAAUAGUGUUUAUGAAAAACGAUGGCCGCCUCACGAUUCCUUCGUCUAUUUGGUCUGUAGGCUGUACGCAGUGCGUACGCAACGUGCAGUACACACAAAACCGCUAGGGUGCAGCACUCAGCAGCUCGUAAAUGACGUAAUGUUACCUACACCUGUAUGAUGGUGUCUGUGCUGCUGUAGCGAGUGAAGCCCUCUAGUGGGAGCCUCCAGUAAUACACAGAGCCGAGUGUGUUUUAGUUCUGUUUUAGUUAGUAGCAGAAUCUGACCUGUAACUUCGCCGGUUCAGACUACAGACAGUUCUGUUUAUAGAUCAGUACCGGUUCUGCCAUUCUUCAGCUGAUCAUCACUGUUAGAAGCCUUGGUGCAGCUUUAGUAACGAGUGAGAGGAGGAUGGUGGAUGUUGCUCUGAGUAAAAACUGAAUGACAGCAGCCUGUGUUUCACUUUCUGUUCAGUCGGUCCCAUCGACGUCCCGGACCAGUCAGGUCAUAUAAACAACACAACACAAG